AUUCCCCUCUCCGCCCGUCAGGCCGGGGAAACUUGUCACGUCCUUUAAAUGUGUUUUUCCCCCAGUUCCUCUGACUGGAAACUGCGUGUACGGACCGAGGUGUGUGCGGACGAGCCGUGUACGGACCGAGCCGUGUGCGGAGGUGGCUACCAGGAACACAGCAGCGCAGGAACCACUUCCAGUUAAGACGCUACAGAACCCCAACUGUUGUUGAUUGCUGAAUGACUACAGAUAGUGAUUAUGGAUUACAUGAAAGCAAGUACAUCAUUCCCUGAUGCUGACAUGGACUUUGAUAAGAAUGUUCCCCGAAUAUGUGGAGUCUGUGGGGACAAAGCUACUGGUUUCCAUUUUAAUGCCAUGACAUGUGAGGGCUGCAAAGGCUUUUUCAGGAGAAGCAUGAAAAGGAAAGCGGUUUUCACUUGUCCUUUUAAUGGUGAUUGCAGAAUAACCAAAGAUAAUAGACGCCAUUGUCAGUCCUGUCGGCUGAAGCGUUGCGUUGAUAUAGGCAUGAUGAAGGAAUUUAUCCUAACAGAUGAAGAAGUCCAUAGAAAGCGGGAGAUGAUAAUGAAACGUAAAGAGGAGGAAGCACUACGAGAAUCACAAAGACCCAAAAUGUCAGAGGAACAACAAAAAAUUAUCGAUACUCUUUUGGAAGCACAUCGCAAGACUUUCGAUGACUCUUAUUCCGAUUUUUCUCAGUUCCGGCCACCGGUCAGAGAAAAUCCAUAUAGAAGAAUAACAAGAUCCUCAUCUGUCCAAACCAACAACUAUUCCUCAGACUCAGACUCCUUUAAUACCUCUCCAGAACCUUCUGACUCUGGCUUUUUCCCCAAUUCACUGUUCAGCAACUUCACCAGUAGCUCCUCACCUGAAGGUACCACUGAGCUCUCAAUGCUCCCUCACCUUGCAGAUUUGGUCAGUUAUAGUAUUCAGAAAGUUAUUGGAUUUGCAAAGUUGAUACCUGGUUUCCGUGACCUUGAUGCCGAGGACCAAAUUGCCUUGUUAAAAUCAUCUGUCAUUGAAGUUAUAAUGCUACGAUCCAACCAAUCAUUUACCUUGGAAGAUAUGUCCUGGACAUGCGGCAGUGAAGAAUUCAAAUACAAAGUAGAUGAUGUAACUCAAGCUGGUCAUAAUUUGGAACUUCUAGAACCAUUGGUAAAAUUCCAGGUGGGACUGAAGAAACUGAAUCUCCAUGAAGAAGAGCAUGUACUUUUAAUGGCUAUCUGUAUUCUUUCACCAGAUCGUCCAGGGGUCCAAAACAAAGCACUUGUUGAAGCAAUCCAGGAUCACCUCUCCUCUGCUCUGCAGACUUACAUCCUCUGCAAACAUCCACCCCCAGGAAGUCGACUCUUGUACCCGAAGAUGAUCCAGAAACUGGCCGACCUGCGCAGCUUGAAUGAGGAGCAUUCCAAACAGUAUCGCUUCAUCUCUUUCCUUCCGGAGCACAGUGUGCAGCUCACUCCACUUGUAAUGGAGGUGUUUGGCAAUGAUAUUUCCUAAAUUGACUUUCAUUUACAAGGGAGUGGGAAUGAAGUAAAGUGUAAAAACUCAGUUGGGUCGUAAUUAUGUUUUCUGCUAUGGGAAAUGACUGGGUAUCUUGAGAGAUAAUUAGAUGCAGUUUUAUAUAGGGCAUGCUGUUCAAGACCCAUCUGGAGAAGAUAAAAUGGAUGGUCAACUUGCUUUCUGUAAUUCUGCUACAAAAUAGGGUACAUCCCCUUGCCAAGCUUUUGAUGUAAUGCAUGAAUAUAAGAAGCUUUGCCAUGUUGUGUGCCUUUUAGACAGCAAAUGGCACACUUUUUUAGUUAGCCUUUAUGAGCAUUUUUGCGUACAAAAGCCAUUGUUUGCUAGAUCUGAAACUUGACAAUCGUGUGCCAAAUUCUAAAGGGCUGUACAAGCCUUAAAGUCUUUAAAAUAUAUUUUAUAAUGUAAAUAUAUCUAGAAAAUAAUUAACCAAAGUACGUUCCCUUAUAUGUGUGAUGGAACUAUAAACAGAGAGGUGGACCUACUUGUCCUCUUGUGGGCAGAUUUACUUGUUUGGUGCUGAAGUCUGGUCUACUGAUCUCCUGAGGCAGAGAUUAUUACAGUUUCUUUCUUCAUAUUUCCAUGUUCACAUCUUGCAGAAAUUUCUUCAACUGAAAAUCCAUCCUGUAAAUCUGAAUAGUGUUGCUCUUGCAGCAUGUCCAUGGUUUGUUUUUCCUCAAAUCUCAUUCAGAUCUACGGAACGGUUGCAGAAGUUUUUGCAACAAAUUUGCCUCACAUCAACACCUUCUAUGUGGAUGCCUGGUGUGCUUUCACACAUGGCAGAUUGUGUUGUAGACAAACAUUUUCUGUGACUGAAUGGGGGGAGUUUGGGCAGGAAUCACAUGGAUUUCUGCAAGCUGCAUUCAUUUGAAUCACAGAACAUUUUGCCACAUGACAAGGCAACCUUAAGUUAAGUCCCAUCACAGACAAUGGGGGCAGGAUAUGGCUAGGAUAUGCCUCCAUUGUCUGAUAUUUGCAGGUCCAGAGAUGGGACCCUCACCUAUCUAUCAGACAAUGGGGAAAUAUCCUAGCGCUAUGCCCCCAUUGUCUGUGAUGGGAAUACCCCUUUAAGUCAUGAAAAGUGAAGCCUGUUUGGGCAACCUAAGAAAAUAAAUCUCUCAAGUUUUGUAGGUCUUGAGAUUUCUGUGGUGUUUAUUAAUUAGGAUCAGUUAUUGGUAUAUUUUAUUGGAUUUAUAAGUAAAUGUGAGAAAAUUUAUAUUUUCAGAUUGCAAAUAUAUUUUAAUAUAUGCGCCUUUUGAAGGAAAAAAGAAAUGUCCAUAUUUUUGCUAUACAAUAGUCAACUGCUGCUGUACACAUGACACUUGAACUUGACCAACAGAUAAUGAGGAAUGUUGGGAGUCCUGCCUGCCUAAAACACUUUUGACAUCAAAAGACAGAAUCCUGUGAGUAAUUCAAAAUUGGAAUUUUAUUCCGAUGUGUGUAUGCUCACACAUGGCACAUUUGUUGCAGAAAUGUCUGUGACUGUUCCAUACAGCUUAAUGGGGUUUAAAAAACAUUAAUGCGCAUGUCUAUUUAUAUGUAUGGACUGGAGUUUCAGAAAUAUCGGUCAAGUGUGAACAUGCCCUAAAGAAUAACAUAACACAUUUUAUGCAAAAAAAAGUACGAGUAAGGCCUCUUUCACAAAUGCAUCCGUAUGUCUUCCGUAUCCGUUCCGUUUUUGUGGAACCAUCUA